AUGUUGUCUUUUCUCUCUCUCAAAUCUCAUGGACUCAAAGCCAAACUCUCACUCUAUUCUGUCUCUUACACACCUCUCAAAAUACUAUGUUACUACCACAGCACUGCUGAUAAUAACCUCAAUGACGACGAUGACGACAACAACAAUAGCUGUAACAUCCACACUUCACCACCACCACGAAAACAACAUUUACAGCAGCAGCAGUCUCCUGUUAGAUCAAUUUGUUCACUUGUCUGGGAAUCUUACUCCCAACAAAGCCCACAUGUGAGACUAUUACAAUCUCCAAGUCUCAAUCUUUCUGUAAAUCCUGAUUCAUUGACACAUGAACAGGCUAUUACUGUCGUUGCUUCACUGGCAAGUGAGGCGGGGUCAAUGGUGGCAUUGAGUUUUUUCAAUUGGGCAAUUGGGUUUUCUAAAUUUAGGUACUUUAUGAGGUUUUAUAUUGUUUCUGCGACUUCUUUGAUUGGUAAUGAGAAUUUUGAGAGAGCCCAUGAAGUUAUGGAUUGUAUGGUGAGGGUUUUUGCUGAGAUUGGGAGGUUUAAUGAGGCUGUUAGUAUGGUUAUUGAAAUGGAAAAUCAUGGGUUGGUUUUGAAUGCUAGGACUUUGAAUUGUGUUGCCGGUGUUGCUGGUGAAAUGGGUUUGGUUGAUUAUGCAGAGAAUGUGUUUGAUGAAAUGCGUGUGAGAGGGGUUUGUCCGGAUUCUAUUAGUUAUAAGUUGAUGGCUAUUGCUUAUUGUAGAAUGGGGAGGAUUUCGGACAUGGAUAGGUGGUUAAAAGAUAUGGUUUAUAGAGGUUUUGUUGUUGAUAAUGCAACUUGUACUUUGAUGAUUAGCACGUUUUGUAAGAAUGGUUUAGCGAGUAGAGGGUUUUGGUAUUUUGAUAAGUGGGUUGAAAUGGGUUUGAAACCGAAUUUGAUAAAUUUUACAGCUCUGAUUAAUGGGUUGUGCAAGAGGGGUAGCAUCAAGCAAGCAUUUGAGAAGUUGGAGGAAAUGGUUAAGAAAGGUUGGAAACCGAACGUAUAUACGCAUACGGCAAUAAUUGACGGUUUGUGUAAGAAGGGAUGGACUGAAAAGGCAUUUAGACUGUUCCUUAAGCUUGUUAGGAGUGAUGAUUACAAACCAAAUGUGCAUACAUACACUUCAAUGAUCAAUGGGUAUUCUAAGGAUGAUAAGUUGAAUAGAGCGGAGAUGUUGUUGAGCAGAAUGAAAGAACAAGGAUUGGUUCCUAACACCAAGACAUAUAGUUGUCUCAUUGAUGGGCACUGUAAAGCAGGGAAUUUUGAAAGAGCAUAUGAGUUGAUGGAUUUAAUGGGUAAAGAAGGUUUCAGUGCCAAUAUUUUCACAUAUAAUGCUUUUAUAGAUAGCCUAUGUAAAAAGGGAAGGUUUCUAGAGGCUUGUAAACUGCUUAAAAAGGGAUUUCAACGUGGAUUACAAGCUGAUACAGUAACAUAUACCAUUCUCAUAUCUGAGCUCUGCAGGCGAGCCGAUGCUAGGCAGGCCCUUGUAUUUUUCUGUAAGAUGUUCAAAGUUGCAGUACAACCCGAUAUGCAUACAUAUACCACAUUGAUUGCUGCCUUCUCUAGACAAAAAAGAAUGGAAGAAAGUGAGAAACUUCUUGCAGAAGCUGUUGGUCUCGGCUUUGUUCCAACCAAGGAAACAUACACAUCCAUGAUAUGCGGAUACUGUCGCGAUAGAAAUGUUAGUUUGGCUCUGAAGUUUUUCAAUAGGAUGGGUGACCACGGCUGCACACCCGAUAAUCAUACUUAUGGGGCUCUAAUAAGUGGUCUUUGCAAGGAGUCCAAGUUGGAUGAGGCAUGUCAGUUAUAUGAAGCUAUGAUUGACAAGGGGCUGACCCCAUGUGAAGUUACUAGGCUGACAUUAGCUUAUGAAAAUUGCAAAAAAGAUGAUUCUGCUACUGCCAUGGUGCUCUUGGAGAGGCUAGACAAAAAGCUCUGGAUUCGCACAGUUAAUACGUUGAUCAGGAAGCUUUGUAGUGAGAAGAAAGUAGGCAUGGCUGUGUUGUUCUUUCAUAAAUUAUUGGACAGGGACAGAAAUGUGGACCGUGUAACUUUGGCUGCGUUUACAUCUGCAUGCCACGAAAGCAACAAGUAUGCUCUGGUUUCCGACUUGUCUGACAGGAUCUCUAAAGGAAUUGUUUCUGUGAAUCACCUCUCCACUAAGGAAUCACAGCUGGGUUUCGAUGAAGCUGAGUUGGAAGGUUAG